CUCCUCAGCGAAAACCCCCGGCCUGACCACCUGGGGGAAAGGCUCCGUUACCAUGCGUGGCUGAUAAGGGCCAGGAGAUUCCACAGCCCAGGUAGUUCCCCCGCCCCCCUGGCGUUUGUGGUCACCAUUAAUCAUUUCCUCUGUGCAUAUAAGAGCUCUUUUGCCAGCGAGCCCAGUACUCGGAGAGAAAGGCUAAAGUUCUGGGAGGAUGUGGCUGCAGAGCCUGCUGGCCCUGGGCACCGUGGUCUGCAGCCUCUGCGCACCCACCCGGCUGCCCAGAACCGCCACCCGGCCCUGGCGGCACGUGGACGCCAUCAAGGAGGCCCUGAGCCUCCUGAGCCAGAGCAACGACACCGAUGCCGACCUGAGUGAAGCAGAAGUUGUCUCUGAAACGUUCGACCCCCAGGAGCCCACCUGCCUGCAGACCCGCCUGGAGCUGUACGAGCGGAGCCUUCGCGGCAGCCUGGCCCGGCUCAGGGGCCCCCUGACCAUGAUGGGCAGCCACUACCGGCAGCACUGCCCCCCGACCCCGGAGACUUCCUGUGAAACCCAGAUUAUCACCUUCAAAAGCUUCAAAAAGAACCUGAAGGACUUUCUGUUUGUCAUCCCCUUCGACUGCUGGAAGCCAGACCAGGAGUGAGGCAGGCCGGGCCGGGCCGUGCCGCACACACCGCUGCUCCCUCCCGGAACGAGCCGGAAGCUCGGCGUCUUCAUGCCCGAGGGACCAAGGGGUGGCCCAGCCACGACGGGGGUGGCCUGGACCUGCCCGGGCCACACUGACCCUGACAACGGGCCCGGAAGAGAGAUGGGGGGGUUAUCCUGGCAGAGAUCAGUAAUAUUUAUUUAUAUAUUUAUAUUUUAAAAAU